AGGGUGGGCUUUGCUGUUUUGUGAGCAAUUGUGCCAAGAGAAGCCAUCUCACAUUGAUGUUGUAAUAGUAGAUCCGGGUGGAUGUUAAUGGCCAUUAACAGGGUUUUUCGGCCAACCAAAGAUGUAUUCCCCUCCGUUGUGGCUGCGUUUAGGCACCAUCAAUGCUACCUUGAGCAAAUCAGAAAAGGAGAGGGGCAUUCUCUUCUUCCGGUUGGGUUCUGCGUGGGGGGAUAUAAGUGGGUUUUGGUGUGGAAGGUCAAAUUUCCAUGCUGUGAAGGAAAGUGAUGGUGUUCUGCAAGGGCAGUAUAGCCCUCAAGUUGAACUUUGGGUGGCCGAUUCAGAGUUCGAUCUGUGUGCCCCUCCCACGGGAUAUGCCCAGAUCAUUCCCCUUAUCAUUGCUCCAAAGUUCCUCUAUUUUAGAGAAUACCCAAAGGAGACGAGACUGAUGAUUGAGAGGCGAAAGAAGGAUCCUAAGGCUGUCUGGUUGCUGUGAAAUGGAGAAGAUAAUGUUGGAACUUAAAUAUUUUAAUAAAAAAAUAAAAUAAUA